UGAGUCCAUUCUCGGCAGAUCUCCACAAGCGGCACCUCAACCGCCUCUCGCGUUUCACUGGUCUGACUGUCAAGAUUUCCGAGAUGGCUCCCUUCCUUCGGAUUGGCUUCUCCAACUUUGACAGCGGACCGAGCCCACAAGCUGAGGAUGUGCAGAACCCUUACUGUGCUGUCAUUGUCAAAGAGCCGGUGGAUACAGAGAAAGGGCAGAUCUUCAUGCAGAAAAAGCCCACAAUGUACCCUCCUUGGAACAGCACUUUUGACGCUCACAUCAACAAAGGCCGUGUCAUGCACAUCCUCGUCAAGGGCAAAAGUGUUGAGCUGAUCUCCGAAACUACAGUGGAGCUGAAUUCCCUGGCAGAGAAAUGUAAACGCAACCAAGGAAAAGCAGAUAUCUGGCUAGAUUUAAAGCCCCAGGGCCGAAUGCUAAUGAAUGUGAAGUACUUUCUUGAACAAAAUGAAAACAAAGCAACUGCAGACGGAGAAACAGAAGGUUUGUUUGCAUUGCACCAAAGAAGAGGAGCCAUCAAACAGGCCAAAGUUCACAAUGUCAAAAACCACGAAUUUAUAGCGACAUUCUUCCCACAGCCCACCUUUUGCUCUGUCUGCCAUGAAUUUGUUUGGGGAUUAAAUAAACAAGGAUACCAGUGCAGACAGUGCAAUGCUGCAAUUCAUAAGAAGUGCAUUGAUAAAAUAAUAGCCAAGUGUACUGGAUCAGCAGUCAACAGCAGGGAGACCAUUUUUCACAAGGAACGGUUUAAAAUAGAUAUGCCUCAUCGAUUUAAAGUCUACAACUACAAGAGCCCGACUUUCUGUGAGCACUGUGGGACCCUCCUAUGGGGUCUGGCCAGGCAAGGUUUAAAGUGUGAGGAAUGUGCCAUGAAUGUUCAUCACAAAUGUCAGAACAAAGUAGCAAACCUGUGUGGUGUUAACCAGAAGAUGAUGGCUGAAGCCUUGGCUCAAAUAGAGAGUGAACAACAGGCUCGUAACUUGCGUGAUCAAGUGGAAAUAGGACGAGAAAGACCUGUUGAAAUUAACCAGGGUGUGGUCAAAAAGCCGUCAGAAGCUGAGCAGGCUGCUGUCUCUGCCAAGAAAGAGGUGCAAGGAAUCAGCUGGGAAACUCCAAUAGAAGAGGAAGACUCAUCGUCCGACUCUCCCACCUAUGAGGAACCCCCCCGAAUCGACCAGCUCAGGUUCACAGUUGACGACUUUGUCCUUCACAAAAUGCUCGGAAAAGGGAGUUUUGGCAAGGUCUUCCUUGCAGAGCUAAAGGACAAGAAUCAGUUCUUUGCCAUUAAAGCGUUGAAGAAGGAUGUGGUGCUGAUGGAUGAUGAUGUGGAAUGCACUAUGGUUGAGAAACGGGUACUCUCUCUUGCCUGGGAACAUCCAUUUCUCACUCACCUCUACUGUACGUUCCAAACCAAGGAGAACCUAUUCUUUGUCAUGGAAUACCUGAAUGGCGGUGACCUAAUGUUUCACAUUCAGAAUUGCCAAAAAUUUGAUGCACCAAGGGCAACAUUUUAUGCUGCGGAAAUUAUUUGUGGUCUCCAGUUUCUUCACGCCAAGGGCAUUAUUUACAGAGAUCUGAAGUUGGACAACGUGCUGCUUGAUCGAGAUGGUCAUAUCAAAAUUGCAGACUUUGGGAUGUGUAAAGAAAAUAUUUACAAUGAUGCAAGGACCAGCACAUUCUGUGGAACACCUGAUUAUAUUGCCCCAGAGAUCCUGCUGGGACAGAGGUACAGCAUGUCAGUGGAUUGGUGGUCCUUCGGAGUCCUCCUCUACGAGAUGUUGAUUGGCCAGUCUCCUUUCCAUGGCAAUGAUGAAGACGAGCUCUUUCAAUCCAUCCGCACAGAUGACCCGAUCUACCCCCGCUCACUGGGCAAGGAGGCAAAAGACAUCCUCAUCAAACUCUUUGUUAGGGAGCCGGAGAGGAGACUUGGAGUUAAAGGAAGCAUUCGGCAACAUGCCUUUUUCCGGGAUAUUAAUUGGCAGGCAUUGGAAAACAGGGAGGUGGAGCCGCCUUUCAAACCCACUGUGAAAUCACCAAGUGACUGCAGCAACUUUGACAAGGAAUUCCUGAACGAGAAACCCAGACUGUCAUGUGCAGACAGGACCCUCAUCAACAGCAUGGACCAAAACAUGUUCAACAACUUUUCAUUCACAAACCCAAAAAUGGAGAGAUUACUUUGACGAAGAUCAGAGGACAGCUGUAAAAUAUCUUACCUCGGUAACACUGAAGAGUUAACACUUCCCAUUCACCCUUGACGACAGCAUGGUGAUCGUUACAUUCUAUGUUAAACGUGUGGCAUGAAAAUAGCUAUCAUGUAAGUUAAAUAUACUGGAAUGUCCUGAAUAUCCAUGUUGAAAAUCACUUUAUAGUAACAUCCAAAGCAUCAGAGAAGAGAUGCUAAUUUUAUUUGGAUUGGAAGGACAAGGCAUUUAUGCCUAACUUGAUGGCUAUAAUCUUUCAGCGCAAAGACUUAAGACGAGACCAACACUGCAUGUGGAAACAUUUAGAUUUUGAUUAAGUGUUUUAAUAAGUGUUCGUUUCCAUGCAAAUUGCUAUGGAACAAGAAUGCAAAUAACAUUUAAUUCUAGGAAAGUAUUUUGUUUCUCGGUUGUGUGCAUGUGUGGACAUUUUAUUCUCAGGUAGUGUCCUGGCUUGCAGUGAACUAGUGCUGGGCUGUUUGAAAGAUAACUCACAAACUCAUUCCUGUCCAAAUCACUGAGCCGUAGACCAAAACACACACAUCCCCUUUACAAGCCUUGGCAUUAUAUAAUAAUGGGCAUUUUGUAGAGCGACGCUGCGUAAUAUACACCAUGAC